AGAAGUUAUACUCAGACAGGAAAAUUGGAGUUUGGGAUAUUGUUGGGAAUCGGUUCCAGCUGGACUAUCGAUAAUUGGUUCCACUCAAGUAACCAAAUAUUGAAAGUACAAUCGGUUUUUGGCAAUUCUUUUGUAGUUUUAUUCUUGUACAAUAAGUACAAAUCCUUAACAAAUCUAAGCUUAUGUAUUGUAUGUUUGAUGCUAUUAGUGUAUUUGUUGCUUUCGGCCAUAUUGUUAAUGAUAACAACUGAACUCUUGACGAACUUGACUCAGAAAAUUCAUGUAAAUUAACCAAACGCAAAUGACGAUAGAAAGAAGAAAAACUUGCCAGUUAAAUCGAUGAUCAAUUAUGACAAAAUACCAUUGAUUGUCGUUGCUUACAGGCCCUACUAAGGCCUAAUAAAAAAAUACAUUUGGUUCGGGUAACGCGACCCUACCUACAGAAUAGGCGCCGACCCUACCGUUUUUAUAGUCAGUUUGAAAUUUUUUGGGAAAAACUAAAAAAAAAAAAAUCUUUUUACCCAACCUAUUUUUGAAAAGGAUGAUACCCUAACCAAACAAUUUUUUUUUUCUAGGUCUAAUUAAAAUUUGAUUAAUUUAUAAUCGAUCAUUGAAACAUCGCUACUUUUUUGGGGAAAAGUCAGAUUUGAUGCAUAACUAAAGAACUUAAGAGUUUAUUAAUUUAAGUGAGCACAUUCUUCCAAAUUUUUUAGCUGGCUGUAAGUAUUUAAUGAAAUUAAAGUCAAUGACCAAUUUUGCAUAAAAUAUUUUAAGUUACAAUCCAGUUUACAAAGUCAUGUCAUUUUUUAAAACUUUAGAAGUAUUAGUAAUAUGCUUAACUGAACCAUUAAGUCGGCGUUAAAGGGGCAGGGUUCUUAUGGUAAAAGGCACAUUGAAUUGGUCUAUGAAGAACUUGAACAUUAUGAAUUGGGCAGAAAAUGUUUGAAAUCUUGUUUAAUUGAAGUAAUAUUAGGUUUUAACUACCAGAUAUGUCAAGUUUGUAUGUAUUUAUAAUCUAAUUAUAAGUUUUAAUCAAAACAAAAGAAAUAUUUGAUGGACAUAUUUGGGAACACAUGAACGUAUACUCUGAUAAGAGCAUUUUUUGCAGCAUGUGUAAACAAUUAUGCAUUUAAAUAUGUGACGUCGUCAGCGAAAAUGAGUCCUGUUGAGGUAAUCACGUUACCGAGAUAAAGCGAGAUUAAAAAAACACAACACGUUUUCUGAACAAUUAUCGUUUUGUCAAUUAACUAAUUUGGCAUUAUUUUGCAAAGUAUUUACAUAAUCGAAGUGUAUAAACAAUAUAAAGGCACAUCACUCUGCUAUCAGUUGAUUAUUGUCGAUAAUAUUCAUGCUGCCUGACCUUAAAUCAUGAUUAAUCGCCCUUGAUCAGAAGGUGUCGCUCUCCGCCAUUUUGAUGGAAACAUGUCGAAAUCCGUACUGAAGAUAUGACGGUUUUGCCGGUUUAUCCACACGGCAUUAGAAUGCUUUUCGGAUUAAUUACACGGAAACAAUUAUUUGGAAGGUAAUGUAUGCAGUUAUCUAUGUUGUCAUCCUUUAUUUAAAUUGUCAUUUGAUGUUUAUUUUAAAUAACCUUUUGACAGUUUGACCCGGAAGUAUUUUUCCGUAACAAAAUACGGUUUACUAAUAGCAACAGAUAUUAUGGCGGAAAAUUUGAAAAACACUUGAACAUUUUAUGAAAAUGUCCCAGUUUAGUCAAGCAAGCACCACCCCCUACGAAUUAAGCCAAGACCAUUUAUUUCGCGAAGAGUUAUUAGAAGUUGAUAGACUUUAUUUUCAUGUUUUGUGUCCAGAGAGUUCUGGUGCAAGUGAGAUAGAAUUUAGUCAGUCUGAUUCAGAAAAUGAUUCUAGCCAUGAAAGUAAUGCUGUCAAUGAUGAAUCAGAUGAUGAUAUAUGUAAUGCAGAGACUGUUCAGUGUGAAAGUUUUGACCAUGAUUUAGAACCUUCUGUAGCUACAAUAAUGAGCGAUCAGGGAUACUUUUUUAUUAUUUUGACAUUUCAUGUGUAUCCCUGUAACGCUACAACUCUCUACCAUUUAACACUGGGCGAAAGAAUAUAUAUUAAUAUCAUGCAUCGAUGUUGAAUAAUAAUGAUAUAAUUGUUCGAAAUGUACCUGAAAGUGAUCUUAACUGGGUUGGAUUUGUCGUUACAGUCGUUAUUUUCACAUAAAUAUACUCUGGGUCACGAAAUGAGCGUAGCAGUCCACCAUUUUUUAUACAUGUUGAUUUUUAUCGAAUAAAUUUGUACCCAUCCGUCAAUGAUUGUUAACCCUGUGCGCAGUCACAGUUAUCCUCGCUUUUCUAUGUAUUUGUGCAGAGCAAGGCAACAGUGUUCAAAAAUGGUGAUACCUAAUCAUCAUCAUCAUCAUCAUCACGAACAUCAUCAUCAUCAAUUCUCCCAACUUGACCCAUUAAACACGUUAGCUUUCAGCGCAUUGAAAUGGUUGCAUUUUUAAUAGUGUUAUUUAACCGAGCCUAUUAACGACCAAAAUAUUCGAAAUCCUCUACCCCGUUUCAUACAUGUACACAACCUGUCAGAUUUGUCCUAGAUUUACAGAUUAAUGGAUACAAUCGAUGCAUGUAAGUGCAUUAUGGUAUCUGAACAUGUUUUUUCGGCAUAAUGACAUAAAUAAAUGUGUGUUUGAUAGAAGGCAAUGAUAUUUUCGUAGAAAUUUGAAUUUACAACAAAGAUAAUUUAAAAAUUGUGGCCGCGAGGAUCCUCUGCGCAAGGCCCGUUUGCUACUUUUUGCUGGGAUGGUGGACGUCACCAGUCUGCCAUAGUCUAAAAAUCGUCAAAAGACUGGUUGACGGCCAUAUAGGUGGACUAGAACCUUCUGCAGAGGAUUUAAGACAGAGAAAGAAAACUGAUGAUUUCUUUGCUCAGACCUGCAAGUGUGAAAAACUUUAGGCAAACCAUGCAGUCAAGUUGUCGAUGGUAAUGAUAUUACUGACUUACGUAUGUAUUCAGCCGGUAUGCAGACAGAUGAACUUGAUCUUGUUAUUAAAUCAGCCAUGUUGUGCCACAGAAAAAAUGGCCAACAAACUGACAGUUGUAAACAUAAACGGCAGGAGAGGGUUAGGCCCAGUCAGUAGUUUUAUAUUAAGGGAGUUGAAGUUUGCCGUGAGGUAUUCUGUUUCGCAUACAACAUCGGAAAGGAGAAACUAAAAAGAAUUGGUCGCUCUCUUGACAAUGAUGGAUUGAUUGCUAGGACUCCUGGUAAUACCAAAAGACUACCUCAUAAUGCAAUCACAUUUGAGGAAAGAGAACACAUAAGAAAAUUCCUCAUCUGCUAUGCAUCUGACAAUGCAAUGCCCGUUCCCGGAAGACUUCCAAACCACCGCAAUAGUUCAGAGUCAUGUUCCUUAGAUGCAACCGUCCACUACAGCUGGGACUUUGCACAGCAGGUUCAUAUUCCACACCAUAGCCAACAGGUUGGACCCCUGUAUUUCAAAACUGCCAGGAGAUGUGAGGUAUUUGGAGUUUGCUGUGAAGGAUCUGAGAAACAGGUGUUUUGCCUGGGUGAGGCACAUGCUCAGUUCCACUUUGACAAUUGCCAAGGACAACAAAAAUAAUGCCGUUCUUGGUUAUGCUGUGUGGAGAACAUUGACAGGAGGGCAUAAGACAAUCCAAUACUCACUGAUGCUAGCCGGCCACACCAAAUUUUCAUGCGACUGGCAUUUUGGAGUUUGGAAAAACAGAAUGAGACACCUGGAUGCAGAGACAGUUGAGGAGGUGGCUUCCACAGAAGCCAUGUCAUCCCGUAAUGGCCACAACAUUCCACAUAUUGUUGAUGGCAACAGCAAACAAGUGUCGUUCUAUGACUGGAGCACCUUCUUCAAAGGCAUUUUCAAACCAUUGAAGAACGUUUCGAAAUACCAUUCAUUUGAGGUGUCUUCUAACGAGCCUGGGGUUUUAAGAGUAAGGAAGUUUGUUGAUGCCCCUGGGGAGAAAAUUAACAUACUGAAAAACUGCCAAGUGGAUAUUGGUGUUCUGCCAGAGCAGAUCUUUGGUGAGGGAAUAAGUGCAGAAAGGCAAUGGUACUUGCAUGAUGUAAAAAGAGACUUUUGCAGAUCAGAUAAUGCUAAAAACACAACAUGCCCAUUGCCAUUAGUUGCAAAAGAAGGCUAUUCAAAGGCCAAAAAACAAAAGUUGAAAUAGGCAACUUUAUUGAGAACACUUUCUGUGUGUGUUUCAGCAAAAGUUAUAGUUUGUUUCUUGCUAUAAAUAUAUUGGCAUGUGUAAGUGGAAGUUUUAUGUUUUCAUUUACAUUCAAAGAAUAUAUUUCUUUGUGUUACAUUGAUAAAAUAUUCAUGAUCUUAGGAAUGUAUGGUUUCCUUGGCAACCAAAAGUAACACACUUGAUUCAUCAUUAAAUACUUAUGUAUAAACAUGUAUUUCAAUUAUGGGAAUAUCAUUGAACAGUCGGCCAUCUAUAAGUAAAGUAUGAUGGCAUUUAUAUUUUCCAUACACGACUGCAGUAUAAUGUGAAAGUGUACAUUUAUAAGUCUAUAUGUUAAUAGUUAUACAUUAAUAUAGUUUCAAUAAUCCUUGCAUGCAUAUGUUUGUUGUCAAUUUUGUCAAAUAAGGCAUGUGUCAAUGCUUUCCUUGUAAAUACGUUUCAUUCUGUGUCAUCUUACAACUCCAAAAGAAUGAAAUGAGCAAAAAAAAAGAAUUAUUCUAGGUAUAAGUCAGUUGCUAUGGCAACCAAGUAUAACAUUCUUAUUGAUUUUAAAAAUAAUUGAUUUCACCAGACAAGUUACAUCUUUUAAAUAAUUGCUUGUUUUAAAAUAAUAUGUUUUUUGUUUUGAUUAAUACAAGGAUAAGCUGCACUACUUUUGAACAAUUAACCUUGUUUUAGAAAAGUGGCAGAUUUUCUUUACAGGGUCUAUGGAAAAUUGCUGUUAACAUUCUAUUUUACUACAUAGCUGGCUGAAAAUUUAAUGCUGUACUAAAAUAUUUCCUGCAAACAUAAUCUAUCAAAUUCAAAUGUGAUUUUAUCUAUUUGAGCUGCUUUUGCGUUUAUUUGGAUAAAUUUCUCGUGAAAAAAUUGUAGUCAUGGCAACCGUUUCUAUGAAAUGUACAUGUAGUGUUAUAUUUUCCAUAAAUGAUGUUAUUGAUGUUAUGAUAAUGUUUCCACAGAAAUAAAAAAUGCUGUAUUCAAUUUUAAUGGAAUACAGACUCUUAAAAUCAAGGACG